CGUAAUUAUCAGACAGUCCCUUCAAACACGGAAAGACCCAAGAUGGAGGAAGUCCGCCGUGUUAUUUUGCUCUUAGUUUUAAUCUCUUUUAUGAGCCAGGGAAAUGGGCAAGAUGCAGGCGAUUUGGGAGUUCUUCACGUCGAAGGAACUAAAGAUUGGCAAGAUUUUUGUAUCGCUUACAAUACAAUAUGGGCGUCAAUUCCAACGGAUCUUGAUAAAACGCCCAAGUAUUCAUUAGUUGAGGCCAAGCCCUCUGUUCUGUGCCAGCAACCUGAAAAUCCCUCAGAGAUACAAGGUGCUGCUGUGGCAAUACAGAGGGGAAACUGCACAUUACUUGUGAAGGGUCUUGCUGCAAAAUUUGCGGGAGCAAAGGAGGUGAUUAUUGUCAGCAAUGAUACUUUGUUUACUCCAUUUGCAAAUUCAUCUGCUGAAUAUAUGAAAGUAGAUAUUCCAAUGGCUGUGAUCAGUCAGGAGGACUGGGUAAAACUCAAGAAUAAGGAUUUUGGUAGACAUAGAAAAGUGCAGCUGUAUGCUCCACCUACGGGAAGCAUUGAUGGAAAUUUGGCCGUAUUGUGGAUUCUGGCAGUAGGAACAGUCACUGUUGGAGCCUACUGGUGUGGAAUCACGACCAAGGAAAGGAUGAUGAGAUUGCUAAGAAAAAAUCCCUCAGCAACUGGAGAGCAAAAUGAAGCCAAUGGGUCAAAUGAAGAUGAUGGCUCUGUUGAAGUGACUCCUUUGAUGGUGGUAGUAUUUGUUAUUCUCAUCUGUGGAACCCUGUUACUGCUCUACUAUUUCUUUGAUUACUUGGUGUAUGUUGUGAUAGUGCUCUUUUGCCUGGCUGCCUGUAAUGGACUGUAUGAGUGUCUACGCCCCAUCUUCCUGUGGCUUCCUCUUGGAGACUGUAAAGUCCCACCCAAUCGAAUUCCAUUGCUGAAGGGACAACCCCAGAUCAGAAUCAUUGUGUUGAUUGCAUUCUGCAUGGCCAUUUCAAUUUGGUGGGGUAUUGAGAGGCAUAAAAGCUAUGCCUGGGUCCUCCAAGACAUCCUAGGAAUUUCAUUUUCCAUUAGUUUGAUCAGGAACAUCAGAUUACCGAACCUAAAGGUGUGCACCAUGCUACUUGUUCUGCUUCUUAUUUACGACAUAUUCUUUGUGUUCAUCACACCCCUCUUCUCUGCUGGCAAGAGUAUCAUGGUGGAAGUUGCUACAGGUGGUGGAAGUAAAGAACAGUUACCAAUGGUUUUCAAGGUGCCUAGACUAAGCAGAUCAGCACUGUCCGUGUGUCUGAGACCUUACUCAUUGCUGGGUUUUGGAGACAUUCUGGUACCUGCCCUCUAUAUUGGUUUUUGUCACUCAUUUGAUGUCAUGACAAACACACCACGUAGGAUAUAUUUUAUUGCAACAUCUAUUGCUUAUGGUGUGGGUUUGUUCAUAACAUUUGUGAUGCUGUUCAUUAUGGAACAAGGCCAACCAGCCUUACUUUAUUUGGUACCAUGUACUCUGAUUACUGGUUUGCUGAUUGGCUGGCGACGAGGGGAACUAAAAAAACUCUGGACUGGACAAAUGGUUCCAGAUGAUGCUGAUCAAGAUGAUAAUUAUGAGAGUGAAGAUGAAAUUUUAAAUCGUGAAAGUUUAACAAGAAAGCUUCUAGAAAAUGAAAAGUAAUGAACAGUACUGAAAUAAGUUCACUGUCAGAAACUUAUACAUUGUACAUGUUAUAAAAUAUCAAUUUAUAAUGCAUGUUAAUACAUUUAAGUUAUAUUAGUAUAAUGGUACUGGUAUUUUGUUAGAAAUGAUACAUAUUUGGUAUUUUUUGGAUGCUAUUGUGGUAUAUUUUACUAUUACUAAUAACUAAAUUCAUGACAAAAAAAACAUGAAAAAUUGUGUUGAAAAAGUAGGACUGAUUAUGAAUGCUUUACUUGUCUCCUCAAUGACUUCAAUUUGCUUGAUGGAACAUAAGCAGGAGCACAUUACUUAAUUUUCCAUUUCAUUGCUGUCAAUGAAGUUGUUUUGAUAUUUUAAGGCAUUGAUAUAUCCUGCUGUUGUUUCAUGUUGUUUGUUUUGACUGUUUGUCAUGAUUAAAGUGUCAUCAUUUUACCAGAGGUUAACAUCUGUGGUAGGUAUUGACUAUAGGCAGUGCCUUAACGCUGAGGGUUUUUUCUCUUUUAUGUUCUACUGUACUGUUGCCUUGUGCCUCAUGGACAGUUUUUUAAUGGUUUUUGACAUUGUAAUUUUAUUGUCUAGAAGGGCUGUUUGAUGUGACCAAUCAGUCAGGUCUGGGACUAGCAUUGACAUUGCGAUUGCAUGAUUUUCCUCCAGAGUGUGUUUUGAUUUUAAUUUCCCCUUCCCCUCUUGUUUCCCUGUCAAGAUAAGUUCAUUGGUAAAGUUAACCAACAUCUUUCAGUUGUCAACUGGCAACAGUGAACUGCAGUACACUGCCAUUUGAACAGUUUGCACAAUUAAAAAAUUGCGUUACUUCAA